AUGAUCCUGCAAGUAGCACUACUCCUUGCUGGCCUGUCUGUUGCCACUGGAAGCAUCUGUUGUCCACCUCAGCAAUUCAGCGCGUUCCAGUAUAUCACCUUUGUCAACUCAAGGACCACGGCGAGUGCUUUGCAUUCCUUCGUCUACGACGGUACCAACCAAAGGUACCUCAUCAGCAGCAACCGGAACGACAACAAUUUCAUAGGGACCACCAAAGUAAUCUACGACUACAAGAAGAAGCUUGGUUACAGUAUCAAUACAGAGUCGAAACUUUGUACAACAUUCCCCGUUCAAGGACAAUUCGAGGAUCAGGAGAAUGUCUGUGUUCCAAGUGGCGCUGUCUCUUUGGGCCCUCUCUUUUACGGCUACAAUCGGAACAGGCUGAAUGCUUUGUCGUACACCUACAAAACCACCGCCUUCGACGGCAGGCAACAGAUCGUCGAGACUACCGUCACAAAAGACGGCUGCGUGCCAAUCAUCAGUACCACGACUACAGUCGGCGGCGAAGGAGGAAACUCUCUUUACACUGUCGGCUACAACAACUUCUAUCAAGGCCUCAGGGACGACACCUUCUUCGACAUUCCGUCAUAUUGCUGAGCCCGAUACCAACAUUGCUGAAACGAAACAGGACCAGGAUCUGUGUAAAAAUGUGUAUCUUGCAAGUUAUUCAUGACAUAACAAAUAAAAA